AUGCAAAUCGGAAUUAGGGAACGCCAGCUUUACCGACACCCUGAUCUCCAUGGUGAUCCCACCACUACAUAUGAUGCAAGCCUCGGUGAUAAUGAUCCAUCUUCUACAAAAAACCACGAUAUCUAUAGCUACGGAGUGAUUCUUGUUGAACUGGGUCUUCUCAAGUCAGCUGCCCGAAUAUGGUCAGAACAUUGCCGAGAAAAAUGCAAUGGCUCCGGAGAGUUCCAAGGGUAUCUCAUUACUGAGCUUCUUCCUACAGUCAGAUCUACAAUGGGCUCGAUAUAUGCGGAUGUGGCCUUAUAUUGUCUCAGGUCAAACAGCUAUGUUCCCGAGACUCGUCUAACAAAGAUUGAUCGUCAAUAUGACAAAUUUAGUUGGCUAUCCUCUUUAUUUGGAAAUGCUAGAGUGUUGCCAAGCACAUCAAAGUCAAUGUUUGUUGUUUUUCCAGCACUAGAUUUCGCUAACAGUGGUUAG